AUUUUCGCAGAAGCGUCAAAUGUUCUUGUAAUUAUUUUCAUUCAUCCUUUUCACUCGUGCUGCGAGAUAAUCGAGAAAAUUAAUUAAAUAAAUAGCAUCACAGCGAAGAAUAGUGUCCCAAGGUAGAUGCUAUCGCAUUUAUUUUCGCAAAGCAACGCCAAAUAAAUGGGAUUUAUUUUCGGCAGUGUGCGUCGUGUGUUCUUUGGGCCAGCCGGCUGGUCGAGAGUAAAAAUUGUGGCGUGAAAUGAUCGCGGAUCGUGUUCAAACAGCUGCCGAAGAAAAUUUGCCACCUUCGCAAAUGUCUUUACGGGCAGUAGUGUACUGAAGAAAGAAAAAAUCAUAAUCCAUAGUUCGCAGCUCCAGUAGAAUGAGACCAAACCUGUGUUACAUGCACUGCACUUUGCUGAUCGUGUCGCUAGUGUCCAGUGGUUUGUUUGUCAUCCUGGUAGCGUCGGAGGCAUCAAAACCGUUGCACCAACAAACUGAUAACCCACAGCAGGCAGAGUAUACCUCGCAUGUUCGUCAAGAACAUGAACUCCCGCAAGAGGUGUCCAAAGCACGUAGCGAAAAAUUACGCGAUCCUGCGCAUCAGUUUGAUGAGAUUGUUGAUAGUGCACCCAAAAAAAGUAAUCAAAUUGUGAGUGAAUAUGAUAAAAUAGCGAAUAAAAAUUCUGUUGGCGGUAGUGAAAGUGGUGUGCCGGUGAAGAAAGUGAAAAAGAAGCAUGGUCUGGGGAAAACUGCCCGCCAUGCAUUGUCUCGGAAAGAGGACAUACUGGUGGAGAAACCAGCCAAAUUGGAUCAGUCCCCGGAUCUGGCGGAAGUAAUCUUUUUGGAAACUAUUUCCAAAAAUGCUGGCGUCACCAAUAGUGGUUUACAAAACAUCCCUGGUCCACCGUCGGUUGUCACUCUGGUUGACCACCAAAACAACGAACUCAAUAUUGAAUCAAAGCUGGAGGAAAACAUUGAAGCUACACUGAAGAACAUCAGCCAUCAGUUGGUCGAUCCAAGCACAAUCGAUGAAGUGAAUGUGGAACAGGCAGAAGCUGACCUGACUCAACCUUUGGAACAGUUGGAGCCCACAUUGAUUCCCAUGCGGACGGAUCCUGAGCAAUAUGAACAGUUGGAGGCAAAAAUCAAUGAUUCUGGAGGAGGAGGAGGAGGAGAAGCAUACUUUGCGCCCGAUCCAGCAGAACAAGCUUCUGACGAAGACUUCGAGCACACUACAGUUCAAAACAUCACCGAUGACUCACAGCAGGGUUCGGAGGUGAACCUGACGGAAGAAAACCCGAUGCCAGUGUUCUCCGAGUGGGCCCAAAAGCAGAUGGCUGAUGCGGAGAAAAAGCUGGGCGAAAAUGUAAACGCUUCGGCGAUGAAGCGCAACAUGAAACCUUCGGGCAGCAAAAUGCCUCCUCUAAAACUGCGAGCGAAAAAUUAUGCUGCCCCGGAUUGUGGAGCGAAGAUAAUAGCUUCCAAUGCGGAAGCACAGAGUACUGGAUCGGUGCUUACCUCACACAAGGACGAAUAUCUGCUGAAUCCUUGCACCAGCAAGAUUUGGUUUGUAGUCGAGCUGUGCGAACCGAUUCAGGCUGAACGAAUAGAAAUGGCCAAUUUUGAGUUGUUCUCAUCGUCCCCGAAAGAUUUUUCUAUUUCGGUUACCAAUCGGUUUCCCUCUAGGGAUUGGUCAAAUGUUGGACAGUUUACAGCGAAGGACGAACGCGAUGUCCAAAGUUUUAAUCUUCAUCCACAUCUGUACGGGAAGUUUGUUCGCGUGGAGAUUCAUUCUCACUACAAUUCGGAACAUUACUGUCCGGUAUCGUUGUUUCGAGUCUAUGGAACGUCAGAGUUUGAAGCGUUCGAAACGGAUAAUACUCCUUCUUUGGGAGACGACGGCGACGAGGAUGAGCUUGUGGCUUCUAGCAUACAGUUGGAAGGAGAAAUUCUGGUUGAUAACAGUCAACAAGAGGAAGGCCUGGAUUCAACAGGCAACAAGGUGAAAAAGACGGAGAAUAUCCUCAAAUCUGCAGGAGAGGCGGUCAUGAGUAUUGUUAAAAAGGCUGCCGAAGCAUUGGGGAAAUCCAACGAAGAUAAUAAUCAGGAGAAUAAAACCAGUCACAGUACCGAGGGUGAAGUGAUAAAUGAUACUAAUCGUAGCAUUCACUUUGAAGCUAAUGAGCUAAAUGAUAUGGCGACCAUUCCGCAGCACUCUCGAAAUCGCUGCUGGUCGUUAGCCUACCAACCUAUGUGUGAAAGUUGUUCACUUGAUCUCCGAACACGUCUACAGCAGAUGAUGAAUUGUAAGCACAAUCUUCUGGAUAAUCUGCUAAGUAUCGAACUAAUCAGUUCGUCGUUCAACGAAUCUCAGCAUUUACUAUGUGCCAAUAUAUUAGGGUUUAGUCUAAAUAAAGGUGAGGAUGUUGAAAGCUGGAACUUGAAUAGAAGUAUUUUGAGUUGGUUGCCUGUUGAGCUUCUGGCAGGAUUUUGUAACAUACGAGCGUUUGAGAGAGGUUUGAUCGAGAUUAGAGGUAUAGAAAAUUCUACUGAUAUUGAAGAUUUUGAACGUUCAUCUGUCGAACAAGAUUCACUGUUGAGUCAGCCUCAAACCAGUGAAGAUUCACGAAACGUAGAAAUUGAACAACCUGCAUUAGUAGUGGAUCCUUCUGUAAAUACUGUGAUGAAAGAAGACUCUCACGCAGCCGCUCCAGGAGCACAAGAGGACCAGCAAAAACCAGCAGCACAGGAGGAUGUUAAUAUUUUCAACAUUAACGAAGGGACGACUACGGAUGCUCCAGUUGUGGACCAUCAAAAGCACGAAGAGAUACCCUCACCUGCUCCGCCUGUCCAUGCGGGAGACUUCUCACAACAGGACAAGGAAAAGGAUGAAAUUCUUACCAACGGUGGCAAUCUGGAAGAUAUCGACAAUUUACUGUUGGCCGAACAACCUCAUUUGGACGGUACAGUGGUUGGAGGAAGUGGCACGAACAUUCCGACUAUUACCAGUACAACGUCUACGACACCUUCCCCCUCUGGAUCACCCGCAUCACAGAAGGGUCAACCGGAAAGUGUCUUUCUGCGACUGUCGAAUCGAAUCAAGGCACUGGAGCGCAACAUGAGCCUUUCGGGGCAGUAUCUGGAGGAACUAAGCCGCCGCUACCGCAAACAGGUGGAGGAACUGCAACAUUCGUAUGCCAAAACGUUGCAUGAAAUAGAGGAACAAAACCGUCGCAUCCGGGAGAGUGAAGCGUCGCUUCGCGAGGAAAAUAAUCGUUUGCGGGAAGAUUUUUUCACCUUCCGCGAUAGCUUGUUGAGCUGGCAAAACAUCACUAUUGUGUUUGGUACAGUUUUUGUCGUACAUAUUGUGAUAUGCUGGGUGAUGGUGAGAAGCGGUCGAGUGCGACCCAGUGAGCUCGAACGUGAUCUUAUCGAUAAGGAACUUGCUCAGGUUUCCAGUGGAAAACCAAUCAUUGGGAAGCUUUUGCGAAGAAAGUCAAUCGAUGGAAUAACUGGAGGAAGUCAGAGUUUGGGAUCGCUGAAAAAGAAGCGCCCAAGCGAAGAAGCCUUGAACAUCAGUGGGACGUAUGAAAACUUACUCAUUAAGGACGAAGGAGGGGGUGAUACUGUAAAAGCGGAACGCAAGAAAAGUAGAAACAAACAUAGGAAAAUAUCAACCCCUUGCAUGCAACAAAGUGUUAAUGGGAAGACAAAGAGAGCAACGUCAGCUGAACCUCCAGAGGUUAGAAAGGUAACGAAACCGGAUCUAAUACGAACCGAAUCGGCACCGGAACCGAGGCGGUUCACGCCAGAGAUGAUCAAACCAGACGAACACAACCGCAUAGACGAACUACCCAUGCUGGAGGAUAAUGAUGAGUUCAUUAUACCGACAGCUUCCGAUCUCUCGUACAACGAAUUCGUCCCGGAUUCCACGUCAGAAGUUAUCAAAACGAAUGGGAUGACUUCUUCAUCAUCAUCCAUCGACUCCAAGCAGACCAACAAGUCCGGCAAGGGACGGCGGCUCUCAUCACCUGCUUUCUUUAAACCCUCAUUUCUCCGUGCAAGUCGGAAGUCCUCUGGGAAAAAAUCCACACCCAGUCAAAACGUAAGCAGUGCCAGUAGUAGUAAUACCAGUAGUAAUGGAAGCAGCAAUGCUAAAAUCAGCAUCAAUAUACAUAACUCGGGCAGUUACGACGUGCCGUCUCCGGUUGCGAGCAGUCACAAUGCCAACGUGACAACUACCAGCAGCGGAAACGAGUGGUACAAACUGAAGAAAACAUCUAGUCAAGAUAAGUUCACCAAGCGCCAAUCGAAAUCCGAAAGUCCCGAAAUAGAAACGGUUGAAAACGGGUCCGCUACUCCGUCGGAUCACGUCGAUCGAAAGUUGAAAACUUCGAUUUCCUUCAACGGCAGCACCAGUUCGAGCGAGCGGAAGUUCAGCGGCGGUGGAGGAAGUAUUCGGCGAUUGUUCCGGAAGGUGUUCUAGUCGGACUGUUGCACCGGUGAGACCACCGGAGUGAAGAAGUGUUCAUAUUGCAGGUCGAAUCGCUGACUAGGUCAUGGGAGAGAGCGUGAGUGUGGUUCCUUAAUACUUGAUAGACUGAUCGAACAUUAAACAAAAUUGCAAGAACACGUAGCGAGAGCUUUAAAAGCGAGUAAACGUGACAAGAGUUGUGCAUGUUUUUGGCAUGAGAACAGCUGAAUGCGUUAAGUGCUAGAAUGUGGCACAGCACGGCAAUUGUUAAUUUUAAUUAUAAACAAAUGUAUAGGCCAGCAUGUAUUGGAUUAGUGCUAUCAAAAUUUUGAAUUUAAUUGAUACUGCGUGUAUUAUUACUCCAGAUGAACGGUACUUUGUAUGGGGAAUCAUUCUCUUCGAGGUAUAAAGGGAUAUUGUACCAGACGUUUUCAUGCUCAAUGCCAUUUUUGAGUUCGUUGCCGGACUAGACAAGAUCCUUGUUACAGUAAAAGAAAAUAGGGUCUAAAACAACCAACUCGAAUAGUUUUGAUGCGGCACGCAAACACGAGUCCCUGGUAAUUAUCGAUGUUCAAUUUGUUUCCCUUUUUGUGCACCGUAAACAUGUGGACCACUUUCCAAUUAGAUAUGAAUAUUCUAGUAGCGAGAGUAGAUGCGAUCAGUGUAUCUCUUAUUUGCACUAAACUGAUGUAGCACCAGGUAAAGGCAGAACGCUAUUUGAUUUCACUUCCCGCUCGACAUUUCGCAGGUGUCUGG